AUGAUUGCAAAACUAGACAGUGUGCUUUUGCCUCAGAAAAAGUUCAUCUACCACUACAAGAACAUGCGCUGGGCAAAGGGCCGCCACGAAACCUACCUGUGCUUUGCUGUGAAGAGGCGAGUGGGGCCAGACUCCAUGACCUUUGACUUUGGACACCUUCGUAAUCGAAAUGGCUGCCAUGUAGAGCUGCUGUUUCUGCGCUACCUGGGGGCCUUGUGCCCUGGAGUCUGGGGUAGUGGGGAGGGACACCAGAGGCUCAGCUACUCCAUCACUUGGUUCUGCUCCUGGUCUCCCUGCGCAAAUUGCUCCGUCACUGUGUCGCAGUUCCUCAGGCGGAUGCCCAACCUUCGGCUCAGGAUCUUCGUGGCCCGCCUCUACUUCUGCGACAUGGAGGACAGCCGCGAGCGAGAGGGCCUACGGAUGCUGCAGGAAGCAGGAGUCCAAGUCACAGUCAUGAGUUACAAAGACUACUAUUACUGCUGGCAGACAUUUGUGGAUCGUAAGAAAAGCACUUUCAAGGCCUGGGAAGACCUGCAUCAAAACUCAGUCAGACUGUCCAGGAAACUCAAUCGCAUUCUCCAGCCUGAGAUAGAUCUAAGGGAUGCCAUCAAGCUUCUUGGACUCUGA